AACUGUCAAAUCAGUUCAACUACGAAAACACAAAAGCUAUACAGUGAAUAGUUUGGAAAAAUUUGGAUAUUCUUGAAAAAAAUAUUUAAAAGUCAAUUUUGCCAACUAAAAAACAACUACCAAAAUGGUGGUGGAAAGUUUAUCUAAUGGUGAGGACAAUAAGUCAGCCGAGAAAUCGGAGUCAACCGCGGAAGCUGCGCCAGAAACGGAUGAGGCCGCUGCUGCCGCCAUCGAGGCAGAGCAACGUGAACGUGAAGAGCUCAAUAAUUUCAUAGCAGAUUUGCAAGCUAAAAUUAAAUCGAAAGCGCAGCUACGUGCUGAAAAUCUAAACUGUGAACACCCAGGAGAUUCCUUUUUUGCCAAACUGGAUUCGAGUUUGAAGCGAAAUACCGCAUUUGUAAAGAAGCUGAAACAGUUCACUGCCGCCCAAUUGGAGGCAUUACUUAAGGAUAUGAGUGGGCUUAAUUUAAGUAAAUACAUUUCUGAAAUCUGUGCCGCAUUAUCUGAAGCAAAAUUAAAAAUGACCGACGUACCGGCGGCAGUAACACUCUGCUCGCGCUUACACCAAACCUAUGCUGACUUUGAUGCACAAUUUCUGGAAGCAUGGCAAAAGUCGUUGGCUUUAAAACCUGGUGAGAAGAUCUCAAAUCCCAGUAAGUUGCGUGUCGACUUACGUUUAUUUGCGGAACUUGUGAGCUCCGGAGUUAUUAGUGGCAAACAAGGCCUACAGCUACUUGGUUCUGUGCUGAUCAAUGUGAUUUCGCAAGACAAAGAGGAUCAUAGCAAUUUCUCGAUUAUAUUGUCUUUUUGUCGCCACUGUGGUGAGGAGUAUGCUGGACUAGUGCCACGAAAAAUGCAAAAUUUUGCGGAAAAGUUUGGUGGUGUACCCAUACCAAAGUCCGAUUUUCUAGCGCCUGACAGACAGCAAAAUUUACGGGGUUUGCUUAAGGAUUACUUUAAAAAUUUGUGCAAACAUUUAAUAUCAGAGCAACAGGAAUUGCUUAAUAUGACGAAAAGCAUACGCCGUACUAUGGAAUCAAAAGGCGAAAUUUCCAAUGACAAAAAGGAAAAAUGUGAGCUAAUGCAAGCGAACUUUGACAAACUACACUCAUCUGCACAAACGCUCUCGGACCUACUUGACGAGCCAUUGCCAGAACUGACCACGGAGACGGAAAACUGCAAUGCAGGCACUGUUAUCGAAAAUAUGCUCGAGGAUGCAACUAUGGGCGAUCUCGAUCCCUGGGGUGAUGAUGAAACUAAAAGCUUUUACACCGAUCUGCCCGAUUUGCGGCAAUACCUACCGAAUUUCUCUGCGCCAAAAGUGGAUUUGGAACAGAACGAGGAGCCCACAGAGAUGACAGAGGAGGCGCUCGAUGCCGAUAUUGAUGUUGAAAUGGAUAUUGAUGAUCCGCCGUCAACAGCAUCGGACCCACCGAAUGACAAAGAGGCAGAAGCGCCAGCCGAGCAAGUCAACGAAGAGUCAACAGCAGCAGCUGCAGCAGCGCCAUUACCAGAUAAAAUUGCGAAUGCGCUAAUGGAGGCGGGACGUUUAAGUGCUAGUCAAACGCCACAUAGCAAACAGCAUUUUGAUCAGUUUUUGACAAAUUUGAAUAACUGUGUCAACAAAGAGCUCAUCGAUUCCGCAGCAAUUGAGUUUCUGCUGAAUUUUAAUACAAAAAAUAAUCGCAAAAAGCUAACAAAAUCCAUUUUUACAGUGCAGAGAACACGCUUGGAUUUGCUGCCAUUCCUAUCACGUUUCGUCGCCAUUGUGAAUUUGUGUAACACAGACGUUGCUGUGGACUUAUCGGAAAUGCUGCGGAAGGAGUUCAAAUGGCACAUACGCAAGAAGAAUCAGCUAAAUAUCGAAUCGAAAAUCAAAAUUGUACGCUUCAUCGGUGAAAUGGUGAAGUUCGGACUUUGCAAGAAGUUCGAUGCGCUCAGUUGUCUGAAGAUGUUGUUGCGUGACUUCCAACAUCAUCAAAUUGAAAUGGCCUGCGCUUUCAUUGAGGUCGCCGGCAUUUAUCUCUACAAUUGCCGCGACUCGCGUCUGCUCACCAAUGUCUUCCUCGAUCAAAUGAUGCGUCUGAAGACGGCUACCGCUUUGGACUCACGUCACGCCGCGCAAGUUGAAAGUGUUUACUACCUCGUUAAGCCGCCGGAUACGGUAAAGCAAGAUGCUGUCGUGCGCCCAGUAAUACACGAGUACAUACGACAUUUGAUAUUCGAAGAGCUGUGCAAACAAAAUGUGGAUCGUUGUAUAAAAAUGAUGCGUCGCAUCAACUGGGAUGAUCCGGAGGUGAGCAACUAUGCCAUCAAAUGCAUGUCCAAGGCGUAUUUGUUACGUUUUCCACUCAUACGCUGUCUCGCUGAUCUGGUAUCGGGCUUGAGUUCAUAUCAAGAGCGUGCAGUGACUAUGGUCAUCGAUAAUGUCUUUGAAGAUAUACGCGCUGGACUGGAGAUACACUCACCCAAGUUGGCACAGCGACGCAUAGCGAUGGCUAAAUACUUGGGUGAAUUGUACAACUAUAAAUUGGUGGAGUCGACGAAUAUUUUGAACACGCUCUACUCGAUUAUCUCAUUGGGCGUGUCAACUGAGGACGGCGUAUAUUCCGAGCUAGAUCCACCAGAUAGUUUGUUCCGUUUGAAAUUAGCUUGUAUGCUACUCGAUACGUGUGGCCAAUACUUCACCAGUUCCAUGAGUCGUAAAAAGCUUGACUAUUUCCUGGUGUUCUUCCAACACUACUACUGGUAUAAAAAGUCUCAUCCUGUAUUUAGUAGAGUGGAAAAUACGGCGGAUUUGUUUCCCAUAUUAGUGGAUCACAUGUACCGCGAUUGCGUGGCAAAUGUGCGACCAAAAUUAAAGCUCUACAAAAGUCUCGAACAAGCCAAGGAAGCGAUUGAGAAAUUAAAGGAAGAGUUGUAUCCACAAUUAAAAGAAGGCAUGAAAGCGCAAACGGAGACUGAUAAUAAUCUAGAGCCCAUACGGGAGGACAGUGAAUUUGAUGAUGGACUGAGUGACGACUCCUCUUCCGAACGUGAACCACGUACGCGUAAUCACGACGCUGGCGGCGAUGAUGAUCCCAACACCGAGGAUGCGAAUAAUGCCAAUGAGCUGGCGAACACAACCGAUUGGACUGAAAAUGAAUUUAUGCUCGAAGAUUGCGAACCACAUGUGUCGGAAAAGACGAAGGAAGAUCUGGAAUUCGAACAGAUGUUUGAGAAGAUGGCCGCCGACAGUUAUCAGGAGCGCAUCAAAGAGACUGUUAAGCCGAAUACAAAAGACAUACCCGUGCCAAUGAUGGCCAGAACGAGUAAGAAAUCGUAUGAGCAAAUUACCACAGCGAGUGGUAAUCAAUCGGGUGGCGAGAAAGAAGCAGCUAAAAGUAAUGCAAACAGCGGUGCUGGCAACAGUGCUGGUAACGGUGGCAGUGUCGUGCCAUUUGUGCUGAUGGUACGCAGCGGCAAAGGUGGCAAACAGCAAUUUAAACAAUUUGUUGCGCCAUCCGACUCACAGUUGGCCAUAAAUUUGAAACUGCAGGAGGAGAAGACACGCGAGGAGAAGGAGCGCGUAAAGCGUUUAACGCUGAACAUCACGGAACGCAUAGAAGAGGAGGACUAUCAGGAAUCUUUAAUGCAAUCUCAACGCAACAUGUCUCAAAAUCACUAUCAGCGCCCGAGUAAACCGAAGUUCCGCCAUCAGAAGGGCGCACCAGAUGCUGAUUUGAUCUUCAAUUAAACACUGCGGCGAAGUUAAGUAUAAUUGUGGUAUUUCCGUAACGAUUUUCGCAGUGUUAAAAAGUGAGCCGAAGACUCAGUUAGCGUGCCUCAAAAGCGCUGAGUAGCAGUCUAUGUAGCUCAAUGCAAGUUAAAUGAAGCGGUUUUGUGUAAGGUUUUUGUGCUGUCAUGGCGUUUGUUGAGCAGUUUUUAAAGAACUUUUUAAAGUAACUACUGAAAAAUGAAGUAAUCUUGGAUUCAUUUAAAAUGUAACACAAUCAAAAUACCGAAUAAACUAAAAUUAUAAUGAAAAUAUA